UUAUUGCCAUGCGACUUUCCCAUUUAGCACCUCAUUUGCAUAGCCUCUGCUUCUACAACCUUUUAUUUUCUUUUCUCACUAGGGUGCUGCCACCUCACCCACGACGAAGAGAAAUCUCUUUAAUCUUUGUUGUUGUUCACUAGAUCAAAGUUCAGUUGCCGGCAACAAGUUUUGUAUUUUUUUCUUUGUUCUGAGGUAGUAGUAGUAGUAGUAUUGGGUAUAAUCAUUUGAGUUCUUUGGGUCAGAGACCCCAUCAUCAGAGCUGGUAGGUGGUGGUAUAAAAACACUUGCACCAGGGUUGACUGGCAGCUAGAUAUAUACAAAACAAAACAGGAAGAGUAGUAGAAACCCUAGAAAUUCACAAAUCCCAAAUUAGAAACAAGAUUUUGCAACCUUGGAAUUGGAAGAAUUUCUAGGUUGUUCUGUUCCCAUGCCUGUUGAUUUGGAUAACGUUUCCACUGCUUCAGGGGAAGCUAGUGUCUCUUCCUCUGGCAAUCAGAUAGUACCACCACCAAAAGCAGCCACCACCACCACCGCCAAGAAGAAGCGAAACCUCCCCGGAAUGCCAGAUCCAGAUGCAGAGGUGAUUGCUCUGUCACCGAAGACCCUGAUGGCGACGAACAGAUUUGUAUGUGAAAUAUGCAACAAGGGGUUUCAGAGGGAUCAGAAUCUUCAGCUCCAUCGACGGGGGCACAAUCUGCCAUGGAAGCUGAGGCAGAGGUCAAGCAAGGAGGUGAGGAAGAGGGUGUAUGUUUGUCCUGAACCGACGUGUGUUCAUCACGAUCCUUCUAGAGCUUUGGGUGAUCUCACGGGGAUUAAGAAGCAUUUCUGCAGAAAACAUGGCGAGAAGAAGUGGAAAUGUGACAAGUGCUCUAAGAAAUAUGCGGUUCAAUCGGAUUGGAAAGCUCACUCCAAGAUUUGCGGUACCAGAGAGUAUAAAUGCGAUUGUGGAACUUUGUUUUCAAGGAGGGAUAGCUUCAUCACGCAUAGGGCGUUUUGUGAUGCGUUAGCAGAGGAAAGUGCAAGAUCUCAUCCUCAAUCUGCUGCAAAGGGUAGUCCAGAAUCAGAAUCCAAAGCUGCAACCGGCGAUUCAGCACCUUCUGUGCCGGCGGCGCCACUGGAUAACAUUGUUGUCUUAUCUACUCUGCAGACUCAGAAUACAGAAUUGCCAGAAAAUUCCCCACAAAUUAUAGAGGAACCACCAGCCAAUACGGCUAUUAAUGGGAGCUGCAGCACCAGCACUAGCACCAGCUCAACUAGCAAUAACAACAGCAAUGGUGGUGCUAGCAGCAGUGUAUUUGCGAGCUUGUUUGCUUCAUCAACCCCAUCACAAAACCUUCAAUCUCAAACUCCAGCAUUCAGUGACCUAAUUAGAGCCAUGGGGCCUCCAGCAGACCUCUCAGGGCCUUCAUCUGCCGAGUCUAUCUCCCUGUGCCUUGGAUCAUCCAUUUUUGCAACCGGAGGGCAGGAGCGGCGUCAAUAUGCCCCUCCACCGCAGCCGGCCAUGUCCGCCACUGCAUUGCUGCAGAAAGCUGCUCAAAUGGGUGCAGCCGCAACAAAUGCCUCUUUGCUUCGUGGCUUAGGCAUAGUGUCAUCUUCAGCUUCAUCCUCACCGGGUCAACAAGAUAGUUUGCAAUGGGGUCAAAGGCCGGUCGAACCGGAGAAUUCCACCGUUCCUUCCGGGCUCGGGCUCAGUCUUCCUUACGAUGGCGACUCUGGACUGAAGGAGUUGAUGAUGGGCACUCCCUCCAUGUUUGUUCCAAAGCAGACCACCCUCGAUUUUCUCGGGUUGGGGAUGGCUGUUGGGGGCACCCCUGGUGGAGGCUUAUCAGCACUGAUGACUUCUAUUGGUGGCGGUCUAGAUGUUACGUCUGCAGCAGCAUCCUUUGGUAAUGGAGAAUUCUCUGGCAAAGAUAUUGGGGGCAACACUUGAAUGCAAAGACUAUAUUUUUCAGGGCAAGAAAGUUCUGAUUGUACAGAGUUGUAUGGUCUUUGCACAUUGUGAAGUUGCAAUUCAGAUUAAUAAGAUAUAGUGUGCUCCUAUGGAGCCAGUGCAACAAGCUAUGUGCAAAUGGGUCGUUUCGGAUCAUCUCUGAUGCCUGCAGAAAAAGGCCCAGAAAGCCUUCAUUUCAUCAAGAGUAAUGGCACUAGUUAUAAUUGGUCUGGACCAGUGUUUUUGAUGAAUUAAGGUGUUGUGCAGAAAGAUGUGGGCAUGAAUGUCAAUGGUAAUAGCGACAAUGGCGAUUUCGACACCUACUGUGUUCGAUGAAGCUGUGAAUUCUGGUGUGGGAUGAUUUGGUUGGUACAAAGCUGUAGCCUGUAGCCAUAAAUCAGGAAACAUUGAUGUUGUUCUCAACUUCUCUUACACUGUUGAUUUAUUAUCACAAGGUGAUAUUUAGCAGUGAAUGGUUGGUUGAAUUAAUAUUAUUAUUAUCA